CUCACCCCCAAGAAGGACACUUUAUUACAAGUGCCUUUCAGCAAACGUGGACAUCACAGCAAACAUGAUGUUGGGUAUGAUCAAGGGCCCCAAAGAAAAUCAAGAUCUUAAUUUGCUUGGCCAAGCAGCAACAUGGCUGUCUCAGUGUCAGAAUUCCAGGGGUGGUUACUCAUCCUCACUGGAUACAGCAUCGGGCGUUGAAGCCAUGACUGAGUUUGGUAGACUGGUCAAUGUCAAGGGCACCGAUUUUGAGGUUAUUGUGAGUCAAGGAGAUAAGGAAGUUGCCCGAAUAAAUGUAAACACAGAAAACAAGAUGGUGGUUCAUAGAGUGAACCUGCCCGUUGUAUUUGAGAUAAUCAAAAUUUCCGCCACUGGGACAGGCAACUUCCUCACACAGAUAACAUCGAAAUUCAACACCAGGAUAUCAAAUGAAGACAGCUCAUUCACACUGAAUGUUACUACACGGGCUGAAACCUGUACUGAAGGUGUAGCUCCAGUUAUUUACACUGAUAUCUGUGCCAUGUACACAGGAAGUAAAAACCAAACCAAUAUGGUACUUGUUGACAUUAAAGAAUUGACUGGGUAUACAACUGACAGAGGAUUAGCUUACACGAUGUCGUUCCCCAUAACAACGAAUGAAGUUGAAUAUAGAGACAAUCACGUGCAGUUUUACCUGAUGUCUCUUAAACCCCAGGUUGAGGUCUGCUUCACCAUCACAUCGUUUCUGGACAAACGGGCCUUACUCUAUCAGAACAGCGUCGUUACCAUAUGCGAUUAUUAUGAUGCAGAAAAUGCAGCUUUUGCUGUGUAUACCUACCCCUGCUCACCUACCGCUGUGGAAUAAUCUAGAUGCCUUCAUGUUGGAUCACAUUUCAGGAUAUUUUAUAACAUGAAGAAUUGUCGUAGAUUUUAGUUUGCAAUACUCAAUGAUGAUCUAUAAUAAAAAAAGAAAAAUCAAGCAGAUGAAAAGAACAUUGGAAUGUCAAGGCUAACCGUUUGGAACAUGCCGAGAACUGGAGGAGGAUUCAUUGUGUUCAUUGUUUGGUGGACUGUUUUGUUGAUGUUUUUCUGCUCUCAAAGUCUCUUCUGUGAUAAUCCAUCUGUGAUUUCAUCCAUAAAUCAAAAGUAAAAUAAUUUCUUCAG